AUGGCGGGAGGAGGAAAUUUCUUUGGCAGAGUUUUCACAUAUCUUGCGAACGAGCUCAUAGUUAAUGGUUUGGCUAACAGUCAUGCUUUCCAGAGAUUUGCUGUGAGGACAUCAAAGAGAAUUGAAAACAUAUCAAAAAUGGCCGCAGAGAACAAGGAGAAAGUCGCUCAGCAUAUGGAAGAAAUCUCAAAGAACAUGGACAUGUGUAUUGAGAAACUUCCGGUGGAAUUACUAUUGAGAUUCAGAGCUGUGUCAAAACUAUGGAGAAGGGAAAUCGAAUCCCCACGUUUCGAGGAGAGACAGCUGAGGCAUCAGGAGAAAUCUCGAGACCCGAGCAUCUUGGUAGGCCAUCCUGGGCUUGACAACGGCGGAAAAGCUACUCUUAGGACAUUGAGUUUGGGUGCAACGUCAGUUUCGCUGGAGAACCAUACUCAUUACCCUGUCCAUACAAAGAGCGAAUUGUCGGCUCUGAAAAUUACACGGAGUUGCGACGGUCUCACUUGCCUAUACUCAAACACCUUCAUGUGA